AGCCAUAUGCUUUCAAUGUCAUGAAAGAGAGAGAGAGAGAGAGAGAGACAAAUCAAUCCAACAAAAACCAACGAUCAGAAAGACAUUUUCCAUUUUUCAAAGAGAGACGUUACCCCAAUGGCACGUGCUCAUCUCUACUUCUUCUUCUGAGAAGUUCAAAAAUCAAAUCUUUUAACUCCCACCCCACCAUCCUCGCCACACCCAGCUAAUGUCUUCUCUUUGGAACCCAAAGGCUUAGCCUUUUUGCUUUUGGUAGUUUAGUUAGCAGGACCCUUGGAGAUGAUGGAGGCUUUGUUGAAGAAGAAAGAUGAUUGGACUGAUUCUGUUAGUGGGUUGAGUAGUUGUAAUGGUGAGUCUAAGGAAACUAGUAGCAGUAGUAGUUCCAGUGGAUCAAGUUCAGGGAAAUUGGUUGACAAAGUUAAGGUUAGUAAGGCUAGAGGGUCAGGGUCAGGGUCUGCUUCACCUCCUCUUUUGGGUUGGCCUAUCAGGAGAGCGACUACUGCUAAUGCGGCUGCUGCUCCUAUUACUACUGCUAGUACACUGUCAAAGAACUCAGAUGUUUCUAAUGGAAAUGGUGAUGAAGACAAGAGUAGUAAUGAAGAUGACAAGUUUACAAAACUGGGUUCAAAGAUUAAUGUAGAGAUUGAUAUGAUGAAGGAGAGGUUUGCAAAGUUGUUGCUUGGUGAAGACAUGUCAGGUUCAGGAAAAGGGGUUUGCACAGCUUUGGCCGUUUCAAAUGCCAUUACCAAUCUCUGUGCUACCAUAUUUGGGCAAUUGUGGAGAUUAGAGCCUAUAGCUGAGGAGAAGAAAUCCAUGUGGAAAAGAGAGAUGGAAUGGCUAGUUUGUGUUAGCGACCACAUUGUUGAGUUGAUACCCUCUUGGCAAAAUUUUCCAGAUGGAAGUAAGCUUGAGGUCAUGACUUGCAGGCCUAGAUCAGAUAUUUUCAUCAAUCUCCCAGCCCUGCGUAAGUUAGAUAACAUGCUUCUGGAUAUAUUAGAUAGUUUCACCAACACAGAGUUUUGGUAUGUUGAUCAAGGGAUUAUAGCCCCAGAUGCUGAUGGGUCAGCCUCCUUUCGGAAAACACUGCAACGCCAGGAGGAGAAGUGGUGGUUACCUGUGCCCCGUGUGCCUACAGGCGGUCUCAGUGAUAAUGCAAGAAAGCAACUGAAUCACACGCGUGAGUGCACAAAUCAAAUAUUAAAAGCUGCUAUGGCUAUCAACAGCAUUUCAUUAUCAGAAAUGGACGUUCCAGACUCGUACUUGGACACUCUUCCGAAGAAUGGAAGAGCUUGUCUAGGAGACCUAAUUUAUAGGUAUAUUACCUCUGAUCAAUUCUCAGCAGAGUGCCUGCUUGAUUUCCUUGAUCUAUCCUCUGAGCAUGUUGCUCUUGAGAUUGCAAAUCGUGUUGAAGCCUCGAUAUAUGUGUGGCGUCGAAGAUCUCACUCGAAGCCCCCAAUCAAUCCAAACCGAUCUACUGCAAAAUCAUCAUGGGAAAUGGUAAAAGACCUAAUGGUUGAUGGAGACAAGAGGGAAUUUCUUGCAGAAAGAGCUGAAAGUCUCUUGCUUUGCUUGAAGCAGCGAUUCCCCGCUUUGACUCAAACUACCUUGGAUACCAGCAAAAUCCAGUGCAACAAGGAUGUUGGGAAGUCUAUUCUUGAAAGCUAUUCAAGAGUUCUAGAAAGCCUGGCAUAUAACAUUGUGGCACGCAUUGAUGAUUUGUUAUAUGUAGAUGACUUAACUAAGCAUUCAGAAAAAGUGUCAUCGAUUCCUACAGUUAGUGUAAUUGCGCACAAAAAGGUUUCAAUCCCAUAUUCGGUGCCUGUCUCUAGCACUCCCUAUAAAACAGCAGUCACCACACCAAGCUUUUCACCUGCACCACUGAUCAGCCCUGUAAGGGGAGAGAGAACUCCUUUUCUCAAGGAGAAUAACAACAAAAACAACAGCAAGCCUCACCGCCGUGGCUUUGGAGUGAAGAGGGUCUUGACGAACUAUCUUGGAGUUGAUUCAAAAGCAAAGAUAUGUGGCAAUGCAACAGAUCGUUCAUCAAUUAUGAACUCUAACAGUACAGAGAGCUCAGGGAAUCAAAAGGAUCACAUUGCAUCAAAACAAUCAUCAGCAUACCAGAAUGGGACCAGAACGCGACAAGUUCCUCCGCGAUAUACUGUCACUUGAGAUUGUUCCACAGAGGAAAAGAAUAAGAUGAGACAAAUAGAAUAGUUAAUGACAGAAAACUUCUGGUUGUAGUAAGAUACUAAUGUGUAUGAGUUCCAUUUUUAUAUAUUUUUGGUUGUGUUCAUGAUAUUCUUGUAGUUUCAAGCAGGCUGCUAUUUGUAUCAAAGCAGCCUACUCUUUCUUAGGGUGUUACAACUGUGUGUUAAUGUGAAUGUAACUGAGAUGAGAUAAAAUAUAGUCAUGAGAUGCUUGUUCA